GUAAUAUUUUAUUGGGGCUUUUACAUGUCAUUUAACUAUAAUUGCUUAUAGCAAGCAAGAUUAGUUACAUUCUGUAGUAAAGAAUUACAGAAUUCUUGUAAGGAGUACUGUACCUCACAAACUGUAGAAUAAAUAACUGUCAAGAUUAAGGGAUAUUAAUUUCUUAACAUACUAUUAAGAACAUAGCCUCCACCACCGAUUUGCUAAAAUUAAGAAUAAUAAUAAAGGACUUCUCCCUUCCAGAACCCAAUUCCUAAUAUUACCCUGUUGCAUUUAUUGGGAGAUUAUAGGGUUGUUUUUUUACUUGCAUGGCCUUUUAUUAAAAAACAAAAAACAAACUGAUGAGGACCCCCAAGUCUUCCAUUGUACUGCUGUUCAUAUCAUACGCAAAAUAGACAGUUUAAAUUCCAUUACAAUCACUAAGUGAUCUAAUCUUCUAAGUGUCCUCAUUGAUUUUGCAAUCCAAGGCUAUUACGUAUGUGUACAAUCAAUUUGACAUUCCAUAGGGUUCUCACUUUAGAUACAUAUAACUGUCAGCAUAUUCAUAUUCAGCACUUUGAGAUCUUCAUUAUUUAGACAUCAUUUUUAAAAUGCGCCUCCAAGUUAAUUCAUAACGUAUUAAAGCACAAAGCAUCUCCAUAUAUGUACAGUACUGUAAUUAAAUGACUACAGUUGUGAAGUAGCAGAUACAGGCAGGUGUUCCAAGUCAUAUUAGCCUCUGUGGGCUAGAAGGGUGAGUCCUUCGCUCAUGCAAGUACAUGUAGUGUGCAAAUGUCUCACCUGUUUCGGCUAACAGGUAAACUGGUUUCAAACACAGAAUUAACUACCCUUCCUUUCCCCAUUGGCGCUUGCAGAAAAGUCUGAGAGCCCCCCCCCCCCCUUAUUACAUUCUCCAGAAAUCCCCCAAAUGGAGAGAAGCAGAAUUGCUUAAGUUGCAGCAACCAAAAACUGUGGGUAAAAUAAAACGCCAAAUAAUUAAAAAAAAUGUUUUCUGCAAGAACAGAACAUUAGAACUUGCAAUAAAAUGCAUUAUUCUUUCAGAAUACACCAUUCAAAAGCCAAUUUACACCUAAUUGGGUUAUGCAUAUUUGCUGACCGAGGAAUGUGGUUGUCUAGAGAACUCUCACUGCCUACUCCUACACAAUGAUGUUUUCAAGGUUCCAGCCACGGCUGGCACAAAAUAGUCUCUUAACAGCGUAACUAAUAGGAUAACUGCCUAUGGAGAGUCUCAAUCAUCCAGGUCAUGGUUGUCCCAAAGGUGCUUUUUUUUUUUUUUUCAAAAAGGCAACUGGAUGUUGCUGUGUUUCCUCCCCCCCCCCCCCAGGACUGGCUGACUGCAAAGAAUCUAAAUCCUUCCAUUCCCCACCAGUUAGUUAGAACUGAAAAAGCUUCUUGAAUGAGAAGGGAAACCUUUUGAAAGUACAUAAACAAACAAGACACCCAGUUGCCUUUUUGGAGAGGGGGGGGAAGCACCUUUGGGAUCGUUGGGUGACUUGGAUCUGGCCCUUCUUUUGUUGUGUCCGACCCCAUGGACCACGUUCCUCCAGGCCUUCCUGUCCUCUACCAUCUUCUGGAGUCCAUUUCAGCUCACGCCUCCUGCUUCAGGGACUCCAUCCAGCCACCUCCUUCUCUGUCGUCCCCUUCUUCUCUUGCCCUCCAUCUUUCCCAGCAUCAGGCUCUUCUCCAGUGAGUCCUUCCUUCUCAUUAGGCCUUCCAGGAGCUUCUGCAACAGAGCCGUAGAAAGCAAAACCACCCAACAGAGGCCUGGCCCCGAACCCCAGCAGCUGCACCCCAAGGCGGCCUUUGGAGGCGAGCGUGCCCGGGUAGGGCAGGACAUGCCAAGCAAGCGAGGCAGCGGCUGCAAAAAAACCCAACCCGGAAGGCGGCGAUGCCCAGCCGCUCCCCAUGCCAAGGAAGAGGCCGGGGGCUUCCCAGGAGCGGGGCUCGCUCGGGGGGCUGGCCGGCCCUCCGCGCCCCAACGACCUAGCUCUGCCCGCGCCGAGGCUCUCCAAAUGCGUCCUGGCGCACGAGCCGGGCAGGGCGCCUUCGCCUUGCGAGCCACCCAGAGGAGGCGGCGUCGGGGCGGGCGCCUGGCUGGGAGGAAGCGCCCGGCAGGCCUCCACGCCCGGCCCGGCCCCUUUCCGCGGAAGGCCGGCCCGAGCCGCGCAGGGGAGGCGAUUAUCCCCGCCCCGGCUCAGUUCCGCCUGCCCGGCUAUGGCUGCCUAGCGCGUCGGCUGCCCGGCUGCGGGACAUGGGCCUGGCCCGGCUGGGAAGGAGAAGGAGGCGGCGGCGGCGGUUGCGGAGACCCCAGGCGAAAACAACGACUCAACCUGUAGCAUCCUUUUGAGGAGACUCUGUGAUAUACUAACAUGCCUACCUUGGCUUCUGUGCCGAAAGAGCUCUAUCUCUGCACUUCGUUGAAAGAUCUGAAUAAAAAGACAGAAGUCAAACUGGAGAAAACGAGUACUAAAAAUUAUGUCCAGAGUGCCAUUAAGAUCUUCAAGGCAGCCGAAGAAUGCCGGUUGGACAGAGACGAAGAGAAGGCCUACGUGCUUUACAUGAAAUAUGUAACUGUAUAUAAUCUUAUUAAAAAGAGGCCGGACUUCAGACAGCAGCAAGACUACUUUAAUUCAUUACUUGGACUAACAAAUAUCAAAAAGGCUAUUGAAGAAGCCGAACAACUUUCGGAGAGUCUUAAGCUCAGAUAUGAAGAAGCAGAAGUACGAAAGAAACUGGAGGAGAAAGAGAGACAGGAGGAGCAGCAGCAGAAAAAACAAGACUUGAAAGACGAUGCUAAAACCGCUUCCGAAAUUUCAUCGGAUCCCAAAGGGAAAAAUCAGCUGGUUAACGGAGACAAGAAAAAUGGGGCUGACAAGAAGGAUUCUUCUGAAACCGGAACAGUCACUGCUGAGAAGCUGUUUACAAUGAUGAUGGAUAAAAGCAUCAAAGUUAUGAUCAUGGAUGCUCGGUGCUUAAAGGAUUACCAGGAAUCCUGUAUUAUAAAUUCUGUUUCUGUUCCAGAAGAAGCUAUCAGUCCUGGAGUCACCGCUAGCUGGAUUGAAGCUAAACUGCCAGACCCCUCCAGGGAGCCAUGGAAAGAGAGGGGCCAAGUUGACUAUGUUGUCUUGCUGGACUGGUUCAGCUCAGCAAAGGAUCUAGAAGUAGGCACAACUCUGAGGAGUCUCAAAGAUGCACUUUUCAAGUGGGAAUGUAAAGCUGUGCUACAGAAUGAGCCUUUGGUCCUAGACGGAGGGUAUGAGAACUGGCUGCUGUGCUACCCUCAGUAUACAACCAACGCCAAAGUGACUUUGCCCAUACGUAGCCCAAAGGAGAACAUUACUGUCUCUUUGGACUUUACUUACCCAUCAUUGGAAGAGCCGGCUCCAGCUCCCCCACCUGUUGUCUGUGUCAAACCAUCCUUGGUAGAAGCACCCGAAAAAUCGGGCAUUGCAAGCGAGCAGGAGAAGAAAACGGAUGUCCUUAGAUCGCUAAUUCCUAGCGGCACCAUUGCUGCUGCUCCUACUGGUAUUCUCAGCCAGCCAAUCUCUGCCAUGAAGAUUAUCCCUCAGGUUGAUCGUAGCAAAAAACCCUCUGGGAAAAUUCCAGAUGACCAUAAGGCAAAGGUUGAAAGCCCAGCAGUUGUUAAGCCACUAAAUUCCAAUGGGAAACUGGUUCCAGAUCGUUCCACAAAGCCACCACUGGAUCCAAAGCUCAACCUAACGGACGAAGAAAGGAGCUCCGGGCACUUGAGGAAGACUACUGCAGUAGAAAAAAAUGAAGGCGACAAAGAAGCAGAAGAGCAGAGAGAGGUCCAGAGAUGGGAAAGGGCGGAAGAGAAGGCCAGGGAGGAUCAUGGAGACUGGGAAGGCAGAGAAAACCUCCAGAGAUAUAAAGAAGAUCAAGAGAGGAGAGAGAAAGAACAGCCCGGCAAAGGGGUGGAUAGGAAACAAGAUCUGGAGAAAGUUCCCAGAGAUUCGGCCGACGUGAAAAAGAAAAGUAUCGCUGGGAACGAAAGCCCUGAAAUGAAGAAAGGCGACAUUGACAAAAAUACGUCCAGCGAAAAGGGAAAAAAUAUCUGGACCCCCGAAACGCAGAGGCGCAGAUUCGCAGAGGAAUGCCAAGGUCCUCUGAGGGGGGAUUCCGGCUUGAACAAGUCCCAACGAGAGCCGUUAACCAGAGCCCGGAGUGAGGAGAUGGGCAGGAUAAUCCCAGGAUUGCCUAAUGGAUGGGCCAAGUUUCUGGAUACAGUCACUGGGACUUUUCGGUACUACCACUCACCCACCAAUUCAGUCCACAUGUACCCACCGGAAAUGACACCCUCGGUUACUCCGCCUAUUACUCCACCAACUCAUAAGCCAAAGCCUGCGUCCGCCGAUCUGCGGGACAGGGAGCACUCCAAACUGAAGCGGUCCUACUCGUCGCCAGACAUCACUCAGGCCCUGCAGGAGGAAGAGAAGAGGAAGAUCCCCACUCCGACUGUUAAUCGCGAGAAUAAGCCUGUGUGCUAUCCAAAAACAGAAAUUUCCAGGCUUUCAGCUUCACAGAUCCGCCAUCUGAAUCCUGUGUUUGGCGGGAUGGGACCGGCUCUGACCGGCCUUCGUAAUUUGGGAAACACCUGCUAUAUGAAUUCAGUGCUCCAGUGUUUGUGCAUUACUCCCCACCUAGCUGAUUAUUUCAACAGGAAUUGCUAUCAGGAAGAUAUCAAUCGGUCCAACUUCUUGGGGUACAAAGGAGAAGUGGCUGAAGAGUUUGGCAUCAUAAUGAAAGCUCUCUGGACCGGACAGUACCGAUACAUCAGCCCCAAAGAUUUCAAAAUCACCAUUGGGAAGAUCAAUGAGCAGUUUGCUGGCUACAGUCAACAAGAUUCCCAAGAACUGCUUUUGUUUUUAAUGGACGGCCUUCACGAAGACUUAAAUAAAGCGGACAACCGAAAGCGCUACAAAGAAGAAAAUAACGAUCACCUGGAUGACUUCAAAGCAGCUGAUCUUGCCUGGCACAAGCACAAGCAGCUCAACGAAUCCAUUAUCGUGGCCCUCUUUCAAGGCCAGUUCAAAUCCACAGUGCAGUGUCUGACGUGUCACAAAAAAUCGCGGACUUUUGAGGCUUUCAUGUACUUAUCGUUGCCACUGGCCUCCACUAGCAAAUGCAGCCUGCAGGAAUGCCUUAGAUUAUUUUCCAAAGAAGAGAAACUGACGGAUAACAAUCGAUUUUAUUGUAGCCAUUGCAAGACUCGAAGAGAUUCCUUGAAAAAAAUAGAAAUAUGGAAGUUGCCACCUGUCCUUUUAGUACAUUUGAAAAGAUUUUCAUAUGAUGGGCGGUGGAAACAGAAGCUUCAAACAUCUGUUGAUUUCCCUUUGGAGAACCUUGACCUGUCACAAUAUGUUAUUGGCCCCAAAAGUACUUUGAAGAGAUAUAACCUGUUUUCAGUAUCUAACCAUUAUGGAGGGCUGGAUGGUGGACACUACACAGCUUACUGCAAGAAUGCUGCAAAGCAACGAUGGUAUAAAUUUGAUGACCACGAAGUCUCGGAUAUCUCUGCUUCCUCAGUGAAGUCUUCAGCUGCUUAUAUUCUCUUUUAUACAUCUUACGAGCAACGGGCUGCAGAUAUAGCCACUUAAAGGAAAGACUGAAGGAUACUUUAGCUGGUUUAUAAGUGACUGAGCUGUGACCAAUAUAACGUUGCCUAAAGAGGGCUGCAGCAGUUCCUUGUCCAAAAAUGUAUUUUAGUGCUAUUGCUGAAAAUUAAAUUAUUAACUCUGCUGCUUCGUACGGAAUAAUAUGUUUCAAACUGACUUAUUUGUAGCUACGCUCGAAAAUUAUAAAUCUUGCUUCGUCCUUUGAAAAGCAUUAAGAGUUGGAUUCAAGAUGUGUUAAAAUUCAAAGCGUAUCUUUCUUUCCUCUUUCCCACGUUUAUGGCCUUUUCACACUAACCUUAAGCUUGAUUCUACUGUGAAUAUCUUAGCCAGAGAUAAAAGAUUGGAAUGUAUGUGUACAUACCGAUUGCAGAAUUGCACAUCCAACAUGUAUAUAAUAAAGAAAUCCGAUCCUUUGACAAGCAUUGCUAACAGAGAGAUGGCUGCUUUCUCAAACUAGAUUUCUGUAUGACUUUCUCCGCACUUUACAAUGUACUCUGGAAGACUGAAGCAUUACAUAAUUUUUAAUAUG